AUGGCUGCAUUCAAUCAUCAACCUCCGGCACUUGAGUUCGCCAACUUUACCUACACAGACCUCCCAUCUGAAUCUUCAAUUCGCCUUCUUUCAUGCAUUCGAAGACCCCGCCAACUCUCACCACCUUCAAUCUUAGGUGAACCCCUGCUCGAAUAUGUUUUAGAGACAUUCGAAAUCGACUCUGCCCCUCAAUUCGAUUUGAUCUCUUCAACAUGGGGAAACCCAAACAGUGCUCACCCAGGUGACAUUGACGCAUAUGGAUCUAUGCAUCGCUACCCCAUCGCUGUCAAUGGAAAGAUUAUAUUUGUCACGAGAAACAUCUACGAAGCACUGCAGAUGGCCAAGAGUGUCAAUGAUCCUAUUGGUCAUCGCGACGAUGUGUUUGGCGAGACUGAAUUGAUCCGCGCUAUCGAGUAUAAUCAUUUACCCAAAGUGCGCGAGUUGCUUCAGGAGGGAGCUCACGUCCAUGCCCAGGAUUGUUUUGGAAAGACUGCAAUUCAUCACGCAGCCGAGAAUGGUCAUUUUGAGAUUGUCAGUAUCUUACUUGACUAUGGCGCUAGCAUGGAUGUAAUUGAUUCACAUGGUCGUACCCCACUCGACUAUUUCCCACACAUGGGCUCUAAACAAUGGAACCAAGUUGAGGAGAUAGCUUACAAGAUGCAUCAACCUCCAGAGGCUAGAGAACUCAUUCCUGUCCCCGAGGUUGUUCGCGUUGGAAGACCAAUGUGGAUUGAAGCCAUUUGCAUUGACCAGACCAACGAUGGAGAAAAGAGCAGUUGUUCUGAGAUGAAAGGACAAAUUUAUCGCCGUGCUCACUCUGUCGUGGCUUGGGUCGGAGUUUCGGACAACGAAACUCAACUUGGUCGACAAGUCAUCAUUUCGUUUCUUUUAAACAAUAAGCAAAGGUCUCCGGAUCACACCAUGUCUGACGAUGGUUCACCAAUUUCUGAGUCAGGAAGUCCAACCCUCUCCAGUAAGGAAAAGUCUUGCAUCACGCAGUUAUUGAGACGCUCCUGGUUUGAGCGCUCAGACUUGAUCGACGAAGUAGCUUUUGGAAGAGCAAUUUCUGUUUAUUGCGGAACGGAUUCUAUUCCUUUAUCUGAUAUUUUGGAAUUUCUUAGGAGAAACGCUGAUGAUGGGGUUUUGCCUUUGGACUUGCAAGUAUGGUCUUUGCUUGGAAGUAGGAGUUCGAAGAAGCGGAGAUCUUAUGGAUCAGGAGGGAACCAGAAGAGAACAAGACGAGAUGACGACUGA